CCGUCUUGUGGCCUAGUGAGUUACGUCUCCCAUUCCCAUCUCUCGCAUCAACAAAAAGGAAAAGGGCGCGUCUGUCUGUUACUUUGGCGGCAAAGCGCAGUCUGAUUGAAGAGAAAGGGACAUUCUCUCUCAUUGGUUAAGUUGUACCAGUUCUACUACCAAGCAAGCAUGGUGCGUACAAAAUUAGAGAUCAAGAGAAUAGAGGAUAAAGCUAAAAGGCAUACCACUUUCACCAAACGUCGACAAGGUCUUUUUAAGAAAGCUAAGGAGUUGGCCAAAAGAUGCGACGCUCAAGCCGCUGUUAUCACGUUUUCUUUGGCCGGCAACGUCUUUGCCUUCGGCCAUCCUUCUGUUGACGACGUCGUAAACCGUUAUAUUGCCGCCACGUCAGCUCCUGAAGGCAAUGAAAUUCCGGUUCAUAAAGAGGCUGAAAAGAAGGAUAAAGAUGUAGUGAUUGAGAAUAAUGUGGAUCAGGAAGAUGAAGAGACGACAUCGUUUGAGUUGCCAGUUGGAGAUAUGGGUAUGGAUGAAUUGGAGCAGUUUGAGGUUGCAAUGGUGGAGAUGAAGAAGAAGGUUGUUGAUAGAAUAAAUGGAAUAAUUUCGAAUUCAAAGUAUGAGGAUCUUGGAUCGCCAUAUACAGGUUUAACGUUGAACUGAAUAUACGUAGCUCUAUACAUAUCAAGAAUUUAGAGACAUUAGUGGAUUCUUUAGCUUCAGUAUUAUAUAGAUGUGAUUUGCAUGCAAGCUAGGACUUGAUUUUAAUUUUUCUCUUAAAAGGGGUCAAGGUACGUAGAUUUUGAUAAUUAGUUCCCCUAUUAAUACAUGUUCUUAGUAGUGAAAAAUGCAAUUACAAAGUAAAGUUCCCGAGUCA